AUGGAGACUACUAGGCUAAUAUUAUUGUUAGCUUUAUUAUUACACUAUAGUCUAGUUCAUAGUGAUGACUUACACAAGCCAGAUAACUUCAACGAGACAGAACUUAUGGAAAAUCACCAGGAGAGGAUGAAGAUGGUGAACGCCUUCUUCAGAGACCUUAAAAUAGUAUUAAACAAAAAUAAAAAACCGUUAAGGAGUAUGAAAGAAACAGAGAGAAAUGACAAAGUAGUGAAAGAUCCAAAAAUACCGAACCUUCGAGCUAGAUUAUUCACGACUAAAUCUAUUCAGACUAAAAGUAAUUUAAAACUUCAUAAAUUUCCAAAUUACGUCAGCAAACCUUUGUUUCCGAUUCCUGUACUAACUGAAAAUGUUUUACGUACUUCUGCCACAUCUGUCUCUACACCUAAAACUACAAUUAAAAUAAAUUCUACAACUAAACCAAGUUCUGUUACAAUAAAGCCUAAACAGGUCGGCCAUGCUUCUACGUUUACAUCUCUUAGUAUUCCAAGAAAUAUCUUUGAUAAAAUAUUUCAAAAAGUGACAUUUUCAACACAUCGAGUGCCUGAACAAUUUACUUUUCGUUCAGUUAUCUCUCCUAGCAAACCAACUUCUAAAACUGUUGCAACUAAAUCAUCUGUUUUGACUACUUCAAAAACUAAGUCCACUCGUCCAUCGACAUUAGCUCCUACUAAAGGAACUUCACCAAAUAUUACUUCUAACAAACUAGCCGUAGUAAAAUUUAAUCAGAUAUAUAAUUUAAAAGAAGAGGUUGAAAGUUUUACCUCAAUAAAAAGUACUUCAUCAUCUAUGAGUACAACUCCAUCCUCUAUGAGUACAACUCCAUCCUCUAUGAGUACAACUCCAUCCUCUAUGAGUACAACUAGUAUUGGACGAAAGACGUUCAACAAUAUUGCUACAUUCAUACCGGAACUUUCCUUUUAUCAAAAAUUACAUCUAUUUACACCUAUUUCUAGAAUCAUCUAUGAAGUCACUACAACCUCUUCUCCACCUAAAACAUCUGCUUCUUUAGCUCCUUUAUCAAUACUUGCUAUUUCAUAUCCUACAUCUUCUCCUCUUCAGUCCAAAAUUCCUCCUCACCGGGGACAAUUUCAGAUUCCAUGCUACUACUGAGAAUUCUUUUAUACCCAUUAAUACCUUGCCCCUUUCGGGAAUCGAAACCGCGACCUCUUACCCGACAAUGACUUGUAACCACUCGGCCAAAUAAGGCAGUUGCAAGAAAAUUAAGGUUUCCUUAUUAUUGGUCUACUUCAAAUCCACUAACCAAAACAUUGUUUCUAGCACCGCAACAGAUAACACCACGAUGGUACCAACACUUUGUACAAAAUAAACCAAUAAUACACCACGGAUACAACCUCACACGACGUCCUAGACUGCACAGACAGAGGCACACACACAACAAAAAAAUAAGACAUAAACAUGUCAGAAAAGUAAAGAAGUACUACCCAAUGUACCUAUCCACAAAACAACAUAACUCUACUAUAAAAAAUUUCUACGGCCAUCUCCAUAACGAGUCAACUGAAUAUUAUGAAUUUAGUACUUUUAAAUCGACAAUAAUUGAUGGUAGACCUGUCUAUCUACCUGUAGAUCCUUUAGAAGGUACAACACCAGUUUCAAUUCUUACUCCAUCGACCAAGCCUCCGAAUUAUCGUUACUACGAGAUGAUGAAGGAACUGGAUGAAGGAUAUAAAUAUGAUCGUUUUCUUAAUAGAACUUUGUAGAAUAAUUUCUACAAAAGAUCAGAAACAUGUUCAAAAUGUCAUUAUACAUACGGAAACUAUAAUCAAUGAGCUACAGGGAAAUGGUCGGUUGGUCUGGUUAGACAGCCCGUUAUUAGAUGUCACUAUAAAACUAUCAAGACUUAUAUCCGAAGCACCAAUCGAUCUAGUAAGAACUUACGCAGCUAUGAUGUACCACAUGCUACGUGUGAGGAAGACAGAACUCUCUGUCGAAGUGAAUUCAAUCAUAGAUUAUGCAGAACUUAUGUACGAGGAUAAAGAGGGAGACUACCUGUUCAAUUCUCUGAGAGAAUUCGAGGCAUUUCCUGGAAUAUCGAAAUCUGGUUACUUAGUUUGCUCCACUCUGAUUGAAAACUUCCUAAGUCCAUUUCGUCGCCUCCACGGCACGAAACGACGACAAAUAUUAUUAGACUCUAUCAAUAAAGCAAUAAAGGAUAGAUUUCCACAAAUCUCAGUGAAAACUGUCAAAGAGAAGGAUUUAAAGCACGGAAUAAAAGCAAAAGAGACGCAGCAUUGGCCGAAAUUCCGAACAAUCUUAACGUCGGACGAAUCAUGUAUAUCAAUUUCAGACUCAGAUAGCGAAAUUAGGAGAAAAAUUCGUUUAAAACGUAAACAGCGAAGAAUUCGAGAACACAACUUAAGAAAAGAGGCAAGAAAUCGAAAUAGACACAAGUUAAAUAGACGACAAAUGGAGAAUAACGAUAAUGAAUACUUAAAGUUUAGAAGUAUUACAAAAACACAGAGACGUUACAAAAUAGUAUCUUCGAAAAAUCACUUAAAACCAACCCGUGAGAGAACUACGAAAUAUUACACAUUGAAUCUACAUCGCAGACCAACUAAAGAUCAAUCUGUAACAAUCACACCUCUGUAUGUAAAUACAUCAGUCCCUUACUCCCACGAACAAAAAGACUAUUUUGAUACAGAAGAAAAUGAAGUCCAUCAGAGAGCUGACAAAAACGACAACAGCGCCACCCUAAGAAAACUAUUGAUUUAAAAAAAUUGCAGGAUUAUUAGUACCCUUUCGACGAGUAUUUUAGACAGUCGGAGCCUAAGCCUGUAAAAGUUGUUAGUAAAAUUACAAAUACAUGUUUAAAGAGAAUCGUAGAGGCUUCAAGUUAUAAUGACGAAGAAGAUUCUUUGAAAAAGAAUUUGAUCGAAGCUCUAUUUUACAAUGUGACGUCUACUACUGAGGCUACGAAUUCAUAAUUUCUUUG